AUGGAUGUUGAUGAAUGUAUCACACAAAUAAAGCACGGCUGUUUGCUGCCCGACCACACGAUUCUUGAGCUGUGUUUUCUUUCAAAGUCGUUGUUAUGUCUUGAAUCGAAUGUUGUUGCGAUAACAUCGCCAGUCACAGUCUGUGGGUGCAUUCAUGGGCAGCUCCACGACUUGCUCCAUCUCAUUGAAAUUAAUGGGCAACUUCCCGAUGUGCAGUAUCUGUUUCUUGGCAAUUACGUUGGCAGAGGUGCACAUCAAAUUGAGACAGUGUGCCUUCUUCUCCUCAUGAAAGUGAAGUACCCAGACAGAAUCCAUCUUUUGAGGGGAAACCACGAGACACGUACAAUGUCACAGUCGUAUGGGUUGUACGACGAGUGCAUCAAGAAGUAUGGCAGCACAACACUGUGGUCACUCUUCAACAGUUUGUUUGACGUUCUCCCGUUGUCUGCUGUCAUCGACAACAGCGUCUUCUGUGUGCACGGCGGUCUCUCGCCACAUCUCAGAAUAAUCGACCAGGUGAGAUAUUGUGUUGUGCGAAAUGAAGAAAUUUGCGAUGGGUUGGCGUGCGACCUGUUGUGGUCAGACCCCGACGACAAUGUAUCUGGAAUGCAACCGAAGAGUAAAAGUGUCGGGCAUCUCUUUGGUGGAGAUUGUGUUGCCAAAUUCUGUUGCAUCAACAAAAUCGACAUGAUAGCAAGGUCGCACCAAUUUGAGAUGAGCGGGUACAAGUAUCACUUUGACAACAAGCUGGUGACUGUGUGGUCUGCACCCAAUUACAUGAGAAGAUACAACAACGUGGCAGCAACUAUGACCAUCAACAAUACUCCAAAACCAGUCUUUGUUGUGUUUGGUGUGUCAACUGGGUGUUGCAACUCUGUUCUUGAUUAA